AUAAUAAUAAUAAUAAUAAUACAAAAAAGGAUAUAUCUAACAUUCAUAAAAAGCCAAUAAGAAAAUCGUUUUUCUUAAUUGAAAAUAUUCUUAAUUUAGAUAUGCCUAUAAAAGUGAAUUUUUCUAUUUGUUAGACAUAUCCUCGCUCGUUAAAAUGUAGCAUAUACUUAUUCAAGAUGUACUUAUCACGACUAUUAUCUCCUUAGUUCACGCAUUUCACAAAUUAUUUUGAUCCUGUAAAAAGUUGUUUAAAUGUUUAUUAUGUGAUAUAUUUUGAAUAGAGUUAUAUUUUUUUUUUUUUGUUAUAAUACUUAUAUAUAAUUAUUCUUUUUUAAAUUUUUGUACAUAAUUGUAUAAGAGAAAUCUUUUUAAUGUCACAACAAAUAUAUAUAUAUAUACAUAUAUAUACUAUAAUUUUAGGAGAAUUUCUCCAAAUUCUGUGAUUUUUAAAGAUAUUUAACACACUUUGUUAAUAUUACGAAUUAACAUAACUGUGAAUAUAAAUUUGUAAAAGAAUUGUUGAACACAGUUAUAUUUUAAACUUGUGUUAAUACAGUUAAAAUGUUUAAACAAAGGAAGAGAUAUACGUAGGUAAUUCGAUUUUACAAAAGAGUUUUUGGAUUUUAAUUUCAAUGAUAUAUAAUAUAGAUUUUUUUUUUACAAAUAAUAUUUAAUAUACAUAUCUUAUUUUAUAUCAAUAUAGAUAAGAUUAAAGAUAACAAAAGGUAUUCUAUAACAUGUUUUGUAUGUUUUUAAUUGGAAAACAAGAGGAAACAGGAUCAAUUAGAAUUUUUGACAAAGCUGCCAAUAGUAUUAUGCCUUUCACUAAAUAUUAUCAUUAGAGAGAGAGAGAGAGAGAUUUAUAUCCACACUUUUGCCGUUGCAUAUUAUUUUUUUGAUAUUAAGAUUUUUCCUUUUAUGUCUGAAUAUUCAAGCUAGUAGCGCACGUUUGUUGUAUUUAGCAAGUAAAUUAUACUAUUUGUACAAUUUAUCUUAUUGUGCUGUGUGCGCGAGACUUUUCCCCCUCUCUUCCUUUUGUUGUGCAUAUAAAAGUGAAUAAUUAAAAAACCUUAUUCUUAUUCUUAUUAUAAGAUUAGGGUUUUCAGGUAAAAAUUGAUCGAGAGUAUCCAUUAUUACCAUGUUGUGACCACGUUGUGACGAAUACUGCCAUAAGCUGGAAAAAUAUUGUAAUUCCGACCAAUGGAAUAUUUGUGUUUAUAAUUGUUAAGAUGGGAAAGAAUUAUUAGCUUUUUGACGUUCUUCUUGUGAUAUGACGUGCAAAUGUACAAAUUUUUCUUUUAAUAGAACCAUUGAUGUAAAGCGAAAUGUUUCAUAUCAUGUAUACAUCUUUGCUGUAUGAAAGUUGAAAUGCUGUCCAGUAUUGACAUCGAUAUAAUUCUCAUGGAAAUACGUUUCUAACGAUUGAAAUAUCAAUCUGUUAUUUAAUACAGUAUCACACAAAUAAGUAAUAAAAUAGCUAGCUUAAAAAUUGCAAAUAAAUACUCAUAUUAUUAUUAAAAAUUCUUUAGUCUUUUUGAUUGAACAAAAAGGAUCCAAUAAAAAUACAAAUUACCAAGAUCCUUAGCAAAUAAGUAAAUAUUAUAAUACUUUGUAAAAAGUAUGGUAAAGUAACAUGAACAAGGUAUUAAAUUCUAUUUUAUACUUUUUUGUAUUAUUAUUUAAUUGUUAUCACAGUCUCGAUCAUUGACAAACAUUUGAAUAUUUGGCGCCGUCGCGUCAUCAUUAUCGAAUCGAAUAUCGAUAUUAAUCUUAACAGAAAUCGAAAUAGCGCCAUCUAGCUAUGUGUUAAGAAAAAUAAUGCUUAUGUCGUGUAAACUUUGGUAUUUUGUCUCGUGUCAACUUUGUCUACUCGAUUGAAAAACGAUUAUUUUAAAAAUAUAUUGCGUGUGUGUGUAUUAAAUCAUUUUAAAGAUACAAGAUGACAACAGCUGCAAGGCCAACGUUUGAUCCGGCUAGAGGUGGUCAGGGCCGGGGUGAAAAAGAUUUAAGUGCGAUAUCGAAACAAUAUAGCAGCAGAGAUUUGCCAUCGCAUACCAAAUUAAAAUACAGAGAACAUGGACAAGGAACGAUCGAAGAACUCCGUAAUCGCGAUUUUCGUAAAGAAUUGGAGGAACGUGAUAGAGAGAAAGAUAAAAAUUCUAGUCGACGUAUGAUUGAACCUGCCAGAGAACCUGCUCCAACUAAUGCAAAAAGACAAAAAAUGGAUCAAGUUCCAGCAGCUAGCUUGGAUGCGGAUGAUCCCCUUGACGAAGAUGAAUCUGAGUCAGAGAGCGAAGAAGAUGAUACUGCAGCUCUCGUAGCUGAAUUGCAAAGAAUUAAGAAAGAAAGGGCAGCUGAGCAAGCUAAAAAGGAAAUGGAAAAGAAACAAGAAGAAGAAAGAAUAAGAAUGGAAAAUAUUCUUUCUGGAAAUCCUUUACUUAAUUAUUCCUCUCAAAGUGGCAGAACAGACAUGAAAGUGAGAAGAAGAUGGGACGACGACGUUGUUUUUAAAAAUUGUGCACGAUCAGAACCAAAAAAGAAACAUGACGUUUUUAUUAACGAUUCUUUAAGAAGCGAGUUUCAUCGUAAAUUUAUGGAAAAAUAUGUUAAGUAGCGUGGAAUAACUUUUAUUAUAAAUGUAUUGAAUUUUGUGAUAAUAUAUUUGUUUGCAUAUAUUGCGUAUUCGUAAAUAAUCAUUGAAAUUGACAAAAAAGAGAGAAAAUAUAGUUAAUUUGUGUGCUAGAAUAUAAUCAUCUUCUUUUUACAUGCAUAGAUUAUGCUCAGAAUAUUAAUUUAAAAAAAGAAGAAGAAGCACAAAUAUAAUACUCUAUGUACAUUUAUUUUCAAUGAAUAUUAAUGAAUUACAAAUAAAGUAUGAGAGUCACACGUUUUCUUUUUACUA